CCCCACGCCCCUUAAUGCAACCGAAAAACAGAAGAAGAGAAAAAGAAAGGUAAGUCCAGAUACUGAAAGAGUAGCAGUAGACCAGUGUAUUGUAAGGCCAUGGCAUCUCUGGCAACCCUAGCAGCCGUUCAACCGGCCACCAUUAACGGCCUCGGGGGAAGCUCCCUCACCGGAACAAAGCUCGUUGUGAAGCCCACUCGCCAGAGCAUCAGAACAAAAAACAUCAGGAGUGGUGCUGUGGUGGCCAAGUACGGAGACAAGAGCGUCUACUUUGACCUUGAGGAUCUGGGCAACACCACCGGGAAGUGGGACUUGUACGGUUCAGAUGCCCCCUCACCUUACAACCCUCUUCAGAGCAAGUUCUUUGAGACAUUUGCCGCUCCAUUCACCAAGAGAGGCUUACUCCUCAAGUUCUUGAUAUUGGGAGGAGCUUCCACCAUUGCCUACCUUAGUGCCACUGCUUCCGACGACGUUCUGCCAAUCAAGAAGGGCCCACAACUUCCACCCAAGUUGGGCCCACGUGGCAAGAUCUAAAUUUUAUUUGGGAUUUAAUCCUCAUUUUCUCAAGCUUUUCAUCAUGUGUGUAAUUGUUUCUCUAUUUUGUACUUGUAAAGCACGUGUAAUGCAGAAUUAAAACCCCUAAGUUUGGCAAUACGUCAAAGGUAUUUUUUCUGGUGCAA